AUGGCCAAACCAACCAUCAUCGGACUCUACGGCAUAUCCGGCUCCGGCAAGUCGUAUCUACUCAACCACGUCAAGACCGAAAUAGCACUCCAGGCCCAACGCUUCGCCUUCUAUGACGGCAGCGAGGUGCUCGCGCACGUCACGCCCGGCGGCCUUGACUCCUUUAAGCUCCUCGAUGCAGCUGCAAAGCAAAGCAGAAUCGAAGCCGCGCUUGCCCUCAUCACCCAGACAUGUCUGGACCGAGGUGAAACGGCUGUCGUCGCGGGGCACUACAUGUUCUGGAACCCCGGCGUCGUGGUCGCGGUCGAGAAGGACUGGCAGACGUACACUCACAUCGUCUAUCUCGACACGGCCCCAGGCGUGAUUGCGCAGCGCAUCAGCGCAGAUUUGACGCGGCACCGCGUUGUCGUCGAUGAGGAGGGACUGCGGUCCUGGCAGAACAAGGAGAAGGAGGACUUACGCGCCAUUUGUAGAGAGAAGGGAAUUAUAUUCACGACGCUGCGAGAAAAGCCAGGAGAUACAAAUGCGGCUUACCUCGCCCACGCCUCGACUCUGCUCAUGGACUUAAAAUGCCACACCGAAGCCGCGAAUCUUGCCAACGUAGAGCGCGCCUUGGGCCUCGCCCUACCGCACCUGAACGACCUGGAAAAAGUCCUGCUCUUCGACGCAGACAAGACGCUCGCGCCGCAGGACACUGGCACCCUGUUCUGGGAACUCGCUGCGACCUUCCCGGCCUGUCCGCUCAAAGCUCUCUUCACAGCUCAGCCAUACUCGUACCACUCGUUCCGCCAGGCCGCGCUGUUGUACGAAGAAGAGGCGCCACGCUUCGACGCGCUGUGCGACCGCGUCGCCGCCACCGUCGACAUGUACCCCGAGAUGAAGGCACUGCUUGCGCGCGCGGCCACAGAGCCACACGUCGGUGUCGUGCUCGUUACCUGCGGGCUGCGCCACGUGUGGGAGAAAGUACUUGCGCGCGCCGACCUCUCCCACGUCUCCAUUAUCGGCGGCGGACGCCUGUCCGACGGCUACGUCGUCACGGGCGCAGUGAAAGGCCACAUCGUCGACCUGCUGCACGCGCAGCGAAUCCGCGCAAUUGCCUUUGGUGACAGCCCGCUCGACAUGCCCAUGCUGCAGCGCGCAGACGAAGCGUACGUCGUCUUCAGCGACAGCUGCUCCAUGGACGCCGCGCUCACCGCCGCGAUCGCACGCGGAUACACAUUCGCCCAGGUCCUGGGACCCGCUGCGUCCACCGUCCUGCCCUCUGUCUCCCUGGAAUGCCAUCGACCUCGCCCCGCGUCGCAAUCUCACACUCGCCCACCCGACCACCGCGCACCUUCCUCGGCACGCCCACGCGCGACGCAGCGCUCACGGACCAUGCGCUGCGCGCCGCUCACGCAGACAUGGGCUACUACCUCACGCUCGCGCACGUGGCACCGCUGCUCGGCCUAG